AUGAACUUCCUCCAUCGGCGGCAGGUCGUCCACAGGGAUCUGAAGUCUCUCAACCUGCUCCUGGCGUGCCCGAUCCGCGGAGUCGAUGAUGUUCCCGCCGUGAAGGUGUCCGACUUCGGUCUGUCCCGUGCUUUUCGCCCCGACGCGACACAGGUCAUGAUGACCAACGGGGCCGGGACCUACCACUGGAUGGCACCCGAGGUGCUGUCUGGCCAAGGCUACGACGAAAAAGUCGAUGUCUACUCGUAUGGCAUUUGCCUGUUUGAGCUCAUCACCCGGCGCAUUCCCUAUGAAGGGUCAGGCCUGGAGCCCGUCUCCAUCGCAGUGGCCGUCAGCAGGGGAAAGCGGCCGGACGUGGCGUUCAUUCCAGAGGAGGGAGGGGCAUCGGGUUUCCAUCCGGUCACAGCUGUGACAGGGGCAAUGUCUCGCGAAAGGGUGUUGCUGAUUGCGUCCCCACCCGCAAGUUGA